AUGAGUCCAGAAGGUGAACCAGAUUUUAAUGAAUCAGGACCUGGACAAGGGCGAGGAUCUAAUCGGUCGAGUACUGUCAGCAGCACGGGCACUACUGGUACUCUUGCCACGCAGGAUAGGUCGGAGUCUGGUGGGUUGGGAUUGGGACAGUUGGCUGGUGGACUUGGAUUGACGGGACAUAUGAGCGGCGCUUCUGGAGGUGGGACAGGACCUUAUUUGAGUGGGAGGGAUGGAGGGCAGGCGAGUCGGAGUCGUGUUUGGGCUUGGAAUGGGCAGGAUGAUUCUUCUUCUGGUGCUAUUGCUGAUAAUGAUGUGAGAGGUGGAAUGGAGAGCGAUGCGGAUUCGAUACGCCGGUCGACGACGACAGGAGCAGGAGGAAAGUUUGGUAGGCGGGCAAUAGCUAGGACAGAGAGUGGAUUGAAAACGGGGGUCAAAACGGAGGAGGCUUCAAAGGAGACGGCAGCGUUGUUGGCCAAGAUUCGGGCACAGCAGGAUCUUGCCUUGGAGCGUGCGAAGCGGAUGCCAGAAGUUGAACAGAUGGCUCAAAGAUACCAGGACUCUUGGACAGAGAUCCACAACCAUACCACCAGAAACUCUGAGCGUGCCGAUGAUGCGGAUGAAAUUCUGCAGAGAGUACUGGAGCUAUGCCUUCGUCAUGCCACAACCUCGGAGCAAUUAGUCGAAGAAGCCAAGGAUAUUAAGCAAUUGGAUCAGAGUCUCGGUGAGAUCAUGUCUAUAACUGAGAGCAUCCAACAAAAACUGGUUGGGCUAGAGAGCGCGAUCGAGAUGUUAGAAGUGGAUGCAGAAGUUCUUACCUUGGCUGACUGGAAGAAGUCUCAAGUCAAUGAACUCGACAGAUACAUGGAGUCCCAGAGGAAGGAAUUGUGGGAUAAGGCAGAGUUACUGUCGAUGAGGAGUGAGCAAUUCCAGAAGGAAGAGGCUGCGAGAAAAUUGCGGCUUUACCAGAACCAAUUCGAGACGGAUAUGGCACAGUUCCGACGGACCCAGGAAGAGAGGCAGCAGGAUCUGUGGAAGUUAGCCGAGGCUGAGAUCGAUCUUGAAUCUGUCGAGGUAGUCAAGACUUUGGGUGCUAAUCACCAGGAUCUGGAAUCUGCUUCGUCGAGACGUGACUUUGUGUCCACUCAGGCGACGACAUUGGCGGCAAGGACGGCGACUACGGCUGCGGCAUUGAGGCGUCCGAAACUUGGGGAAGACGAGAUCUCGAAAGCGGUGCUUGCGAACCCAUCGUCGUUGUUGGGGUAUCAGGACGAUUAUGGGGAUGACGAGAUGAGAGAGAGGGAAGAUCUGGAUCGGUUCUUGGGGCCUGCUACCGAGAGUGAUUCAAAGGAGGACGAUGGUGAUGAUGCAGAGGAGGGAGGUGAGAGUGAGAGCGAGAUUGGAGAGAGCCCGUCGGAUGAGGAGGAAGACGAUACGGGCGAAGAAGAGGAAAACGAGGAGACGAGUGAGGAUGAUGAUGAAGAUCUGGAUCCGAUCGAGAAGGCGCGAAGAGCAAGAGCCGCUGUUGCUGCAGCAGCCGCAGGGAAGAACAGCAAACCGGCAACAGGAUCCACCAUCUCGGCAUUUUCGGCCUUGGCAAAGUACUCGUCAACCACAUCGCUAAUAAAACCUUAA